GUGUGUCAGUCUGCCGGCCGGCCGCCGCUGUCGGCAGGGCGGCACGGCCGGGUACUGGGCACUGAUAAUCGCAGAGGCGCUCGGCAGUCGUGGCGCCCGGUCAGAGGACAGACUAGUGCGUGACCGCCGGCCGGCAGAGCGGUGUCGUGUAGAUCGGUGACCGGUCACGGUCGGUGUCCUGGACUCAUAAGGUGUCCUCAGUUGAGUGUUCUUCUCUGGGUGUUCUGGUGGGUUUCGCUCUGUGUUACGAUGGACCGACUGGGGGCGUGUAGUGCCCUAUCGGUGGUCCUGAUACUGUCUACCGCCGUAGUGGCUGCAGGCACGCCGCACUGUCCGGCCGGCUGGAGCGAGGGCGGUUUCUGGUGUUACCUGCUGAACACCACCAGCACCCUCAGCUGGGCCGGCGCUCAGGCGCUCUGCUCCGAGAACAACGGGAGACUAGUGGAGCUGCCCGAUCGCGCCCACCAGCUGGAUGUGCUGGACCUGGUCAGAGUCAAUCAUGUGUCCGAGUGGUGGAUUGGAGUACGAAAAUCGCCAGACACGACACAGCAAGAGCAUGUCAGUGUGGCGAUGCUGAUGGACAACUUCGGAGAAGAAAAGGGACCUUCCGGCUCCGGUGGCGAGUACCAGUGUGCCUUCCUGUCCGGACGCGAUGGGUUCUGGUAUUGGCGCUCCUGCGAUACGGCGAUGCACUACAUCUGCCAGAGGCCGGCCCAUCGUGUUCCCAUCCAACUGGUGUCACCAGAGCGAAUCCGUCCUAGCUCUGUCUGGUUCAACGCUCACGGCCGACCGCUGGAGAUUGCUCUCCACGAGAGCCUGGAGAGCGAGCCGACCCACGACGACAAGGGCGAGUAUUCCGCCUCCAAAGCCACGAUGAGGCCCCUACCGCCGCCCACAAGUACGACCCUGGCGCCGCCCGUGGUGGCGACUUCAGCGGGGUCGCCACCAGAGGUCACCACCGUCAGCCUGUGCCAGGGACAGCAUUGGCUAAUGCUGGAUGCUACCUGUUACCAGCUGGUGCUGGACGCCGUCAAUUGGACGCUGGCCUCUCAGAGAUGUAGGGAGCAGGGCGGACGGCUCGCCACCUUCCGCACCGCCGACAUCCAGCGCAGCUUCGUGUCCCGGUUCAGCCACCUCUCCGGUUCGGUCUGGUUCGGUCUGCGCCGGGAGGCGGACGGGGAGGUCUCCUGGGUGGACGGCUCCAGUCCCGGGUACAGUGGCUGGCCGCCCGGUCAGCCACGCAACCCGGCGCCCACGGCCGCCUGUGGGGCCCUCACACUGCACACGGGAGCGUGGACCAACCAGGCGUGUUCGGCAUACAAACCGUUCGUGUGCCGGAGGUCUCUGGAUGCCACGUCGAUGGCCACCACCCCGACCACCGUGCCUACCACCACAGCACCCUCGGAGUGCGGCGCCGCCGGCUGGUGGCGCUACAGGCAGUGGUGUUUCCUGCUCGUCACCGACCGACCCGCUGUCGGCUGGCAGGCCGCCCGGGACGACUGCAGGAGCCGCGCCGCAGACCUGGUCAAAAUCGAGGACGGCAUGGAGAACGCCAACGUCUUCCACAGGGUGACCCAGAGUAACCUUCCCGUGUGGCUGGGUCUCAGUCCGCCGCCAGCGACCCCACCGCUAUGUCUGGACGGACGGGUCGACUCCCAGCUUCACCUCCUGGGAGCACGGCAGAAACAACUAUGGCAGACCUAUCCAGCUGCGUGCGAAUGGACAACGAGCACGGCUCAUGGCGGGCGGUAAACUGCAACUCGCCUCAGUUCUACGUCUGUCAGAGGUCGCUGGACGAGACCGUGACCCCUGCGCCGGCCACCACCCCCCAGCCGCCCUCCAGAGGUGUCUGCCCGGAGGGCUGGGCCCGAUACGGUCCGGACAGAUGUCUGCUGGUCUCUGAUCGACUGGCAGACUGGGCGGACGCCCGGAGAACGUGUCAGAACGAGGCGCCCGACGGAGAACUGGUGACCAUCGGCGACCCCAUACAGCAGGCGUACGUCACGGCCGCCAUCCGCCACUCUUCUGUGCCGCUGUGGAUCGGUCUGACGUUCAUCAGGGUGGAGCACCAGUUCCCUACGUGGACGGACGAGUCGCCCGUCAACUAUACCAACUGGGCGCCCGGACAACCAUCCAAUGUGUGUGACGGCUGCCCGGUGACGUGCGGCCUGCUCGGCUCCGCUCGCAGUCACUCGCCCGCCGCCUGGAGCGCCGUCGACUGCUCGCAGGCGUUCCGAUUCGUCUGUCAGCGCUGGGCGGCGGCUCCGGAGGAUGUCGGUCUGUCGACCCCGGCAGUGGAUCAGCAGCCCCACUGUGCGCCGCCGCUGGACGGCUACAGGAAGGAUGGCGAGCUCUGCAUCAAGGUGGUGCCUCAGCCCGCCACCUGGCGAGAGGCCUCGGCGGCCUGUCGGGCAGAAAACACCAGUCUCGCCUACGUAGGAGAUGUGUUCGACAACGCUCAGUUGAUGAAGCUGCUCCACACGGAGGACGCAGACCAGGACUUCUGGCUGGGACUCAGUGACACAGAGCAAUACGGCAUCCAGCGGUGGCAGGCGCCGUGGCCCGCGGAGCCCACCUUCACCAACUGGGAGGAGCGCUCCCCUCAGCUGGCCGCCCCGGCCAUCUGCGCGGCGCUGCGGCCCAGCACCGGACGGUGGCGACAUCUAUCCUGCUCACAGCGGCGGCCGUACGCCUGCGUCAGCCGGCCGCUGGCGCAGAGGGCGAUGCCGUCGGCGGCCGCCAGCUGUCCGUCCGCGCUGUGGACGGCCAGCGAGCGGCGCUGCUACCGGCUGCACGAGGGCACCGAGCACACCCGCACCUGGGCAGAGGCUAAACGAGCGUGCGAGGAGCAGGGUCACCAGCUGGCCGUCAUCUCCUCCAAGACCGACUUCCUAGCGGUGCUGGAGGCGCUCAGCGGGCUGACCAGCACGUUCAGCGCCUGGAUCGGAGGCCGCCAGCUCCCCGGCACCGGCAAAUAUGUGUGGGUGGACGGCAGUGAGGUCUCGUUUGACGGCUGGAUUGAGGGCGAGCCAUCACAGCUCCGACAGGAGACCUGUCUGGAGGCCUCUAAACUCAGCUCCGGACGUUGGAACGACCAAAAAUGCAACAUGUACAGACCGUACAUCUGCAUGAUCGAGACUCCGGGGACGAAGGAGGUCGGCACUUACGCUUCCAGGCUCGCGGGCGGUGACAGUCCCGGUCCCGGCGGCGGCGGCUGGCGGGUGUUCGGUAUCGUCUGCCUGGCGGCGGUGGCCGCUCUGGCGGUGCUCGGGGCCGCCGUCUGGGGGGCGCGGAGCUACCUCAGUCGCCCCCGGCACCGGCGUAUGUCGGCGGCCAGCGACCAGCGCCGGUACCACGCCAGAGAGAACCCGGCCUACGCGGACACCGAGCGAUCGCUCAACGUCAGCGUCUCGGACGAUGACGUGGACGGCAGCGGUCUGGACGGAGGCCAGAGCUGGCCACUCCGCGGCGGCGAGCUGGAGGAGCACCCGCUCUAGACGGAUAAAAACCCGCUCAGACGAGGUGUUCCGAGACGAGCACCUGCUCUACAUGGGGUGUUCUGAGAGGAGCACCCGCUCCAGGGGGGCUGUUCCGCAAAGAGUAACCGUUCCAGAGGGAGUGUUUCCAAGGAAGGCGUCCUUGGGUAAAUGACUGAUAAGAUUAGGCGCAGGAGUUAUGGACGGCAUCAGACAUUUGUUGUCUGCCUUCCGAGAAUUAAUUAUCUAAGCACGCAUGGGGCAGACCAAGCUCCAGUGUCACCAGCAAUGCUGGACGAUUUACAUAAGGUAGAAUGCCCGCCUUUUAUCUGAGGCGUAAUGUUUGAAUACUCGAGACGCUCUUUUUUACGAUAAGCAGUUACCUGCUUGCAAGGACACUGAAAAUAAUGAAUUUUUACAUUGGUUGUGCAUUUAUGAACCGAGUGAUAUGGGCAUUUGUUCCGUUUACUGGAUGUGAGAGUGAGGAGCUCAAUUAGUAGUUAUUCGACGUGUUUCAUCCUAGCAUAUGCAUGCAGUUAUGUAUAGCAUAUGACCUUUUUGACCAAUAAAUGGAAAACUAGCAUCAUGGCGAACUAUUUUAGUUUUGCGUAACGAUCGUUUUGUUGCGUAACCCCAUCAGUGUGUAUACCAGUCAGUGCUCGUUCGUGCUUGGUGCUUCGUAUACUGUUGCGAUAUAACCAUGCCCGGACAUUUGCUGGCUAUACGCGUGACGAUCGUCUGGUUACCAUUACGUACACUCCAAUUCCUUAUCAUACAAUGUUGAUGGCGCCUGUCAUCAUACAAUGUUGAUGGCGCCUGUCAUUUUGUACUGUUGCUGCUCCACCCGUAUCGUAUCCGUCGUUCAAUAAACUGCUGCGACUUA